GAUAAAGCUUUAAGUAUGUGAAAAUAACGUGUUCAUACUAAAAUCUAUCAAUAUAUUUUUAAGAUUUUAUGUACAGGAUCUUAGAAAAAAGCAAAGAUGACGUUGAAUAAUCUCAAAAGUCUCAAUCAACUUGAUCACUACUUUUGUCUAUCUUAUUAUUUGGUGGCUGGAUCGUCACGAAUAAGCUAUUUUUAAAAGGAAGGAAGGAAAAAGCAAGUUAUUUUAAUUACAAUUUAAUGACGCCUGCAAUCACAAACUCAUAAGAAGUAAACCUUGUAAAUAUUUAAAAAAUAUUUUACAAUAUAUUUGUACAAAUUCUAAGGCCAAGCAAGAUCCUCGUUCAAGGUUUGAUGAGUAAACUCGUGUAGUGCAAUCAAACCAGUUGUAACUUAAUUAUUAUAGUUUAAGCUAGAUGGGUGAUUGUAUCAGUUCCUUACCGAGUGAUCAAACAUAUAAAAAUGUUUUUUAUUAUAUGUUUACUUAAAAUAUUAAUGAUGCAAUUAGUGUGGAGAAUUGAAGUAACUGCAGCAAGAUCUACCAGAGCAAAUUACUCGGCGAUUGCCAGAGGAUUGGGUUUUGAUACCGAAGAAUACGAUGUAGUGAUAGAUGACGGAUAUAUAUUGACGUUAUUUCGAAUGCCUGGUGAAAAGAAGCCUGUUUUAUUAGUGCAUGGAUUGUUAGAUUCAGCUGAUUCAUUUAUUAUCCGAGAAAACCGGUCCCUUGCUGUUGCUCUCGCGCGUGAGGGUUACGAUGUCUGGUCUGCGAAUGUCAGAGGCGGCAGAUAUUCAAGACGACAUAUCAAAUUAAAUCCGGACACAGAUAGGAAUUAUUGGAACUUUAGUUUCCAUGAAAUAGGCUACUAUGAUCUUCCGGCAAUGAUUGACUUUAUCCUAGGCAAAACUGGAGAGACCAGCCUUAGUGCCAUUGGACACUCUCAAGGCAACAGUGUGUUUUAUGUUCUUGGCUCGACCAAACCUGAGUAUAAUAAAAAAAUCAGCGUAAUGAUUGCAUUAUCACCAGUAUGUUACUUCAAUUAUUCAAUGCCUCCUACAUCGAUGUUAAUAGAGUCCUUACCUUAUAUAUCUAAUAUUUUGUUAGAGUCUGGUAAGGAAGAGGUUUUUGGUGACAACACAAUACUGAGACUCUUAAUGGAUGAAAUCUGUGGCUGUAAAAAGUGCUACAAUUUAUGCGCUCGUGGAAUAUUUUUUCCGAUCGGCGGUAGUGAUCCUGAUGAGUUGGAAGCUGACUUUUUUCCCACAGUCAUAGAAUACUAUCCAAGUGGCACAUCAAGAAAAAAUAUUAUUCAUCUUGCGCAGGGAUAUUUAAAUAACUUCAGUUUUUACGAUUAUGGAUCUAAGAACAUGGAAAUCUACCAACAAACGUCCCCACCACUGUAUGACUUGGAAAAAGUUAGUAUGAAAAUUGUACUUCUUGCUGGGAGAAAUGAUGCCCUUGCGUCGGUUAAAGAUGUUGAACUAUUGCGGGAUCGUCUUUCAAAUGUUGAAUACUACUUGUUAAAUAACAGGAUGCUAAAUCAUUUAGAUUUCAUAUGGGGUCGAAAUAUGAAUAAAUACCUGUUUCCUUAUAUUUUCAAUGCACUAACUAAAAACAAUAAGCAAAGUAUUAACUGAGUUUGAGUUAAUUAGAUGCAGCACUUUUGGAGGCUUAAGAACGUGAUCCAUGUUAACAUUUUUUUGUACGUUCUAUAACUUCUGUGUAAUGAAAUUGCAAGGUGAUAAUGAUUUAUUUAUUUAGGAAAUGGAAUAUUUCUUAGCGGAAUGAUUUUCAAACGUGUGUUCUUUGGUGUUAUUUAUAAUGAGUGUUUUACAACUAAUAUAUAUUGUGUUAAAUACAUUUUUCGUUUAUAUUGUUAGUAAAUAUAUAUACAAUAGUAAAUUUUCAUUUAAAUUCAGCGGAAAAUGUUUUUCCCAAACACUACGGUUUAGGACCAUUCUAAUAUGGAACUUCAUACGAAUAUUUUCCCCAUAGAACAUUAGAAAAUAAAAUAUAGAAAUCUCAA